GUGACUUCAGUCUCACGCACACACACACACACACCCCUCCCCCCACCUGCACCACCCUUCCACGACAAAGACAUUAUGGUGUGCUGCUCGUGGUGCUCGUACUUUGUGGACGUCGUCCGCGAGUUCUCCCCGCUUGACCCCGGCUACUUGUUCUGGGCCUGGCCAGGCUUGCUCCUUCUGACGGCGCUGGUCUACAACGCGCUCGGCUUCAUCCCGCUCAAGUCGCGGGCACCGCGUGGUGUCAUGCGGGUCAACGAAGAUGGUGAGACGCUCAUCCGCUCGGCCGCAGUCGGAUUUGACAAUGACCUCGUGGCCAUGCCGCUGCCCGGGUGCGACACAGUGGACAAGAUCUUUGCCCGCGCCGUGGAUAAGUUCCCCGACUCGCCGUGCCUCGGCGAGCGGACGGUCAUCCGCCAGGUCGACGAGUGGAACGAGGAGCGCGGGCGCAACUUUACCAAGCUUGAGCUCGGGCCGUACCGCUGGCAGACUUUUGCUGAGGUGGCCGAGCGCGUGACGCACUUUGGCGCCGGGCUGGCCGCAUUCGGCCUCGGCCGCGGCGAUGUCGUCUCGAUCUACGCUAACACCUGUGCGUCUUGGCAAGUUGCGGCGCAGGCGUGCUUUGCUCGCGGCAUCACGCUCGCUACUAUUUACGCCAACCUCGGCGAGGACGCGGUUGUUCACGCCGCCGAGGAGACUGGCUCGCGGAUUCUCAUUACCGACUCGGCGCUGCUGUCGAAUGUGGCUGGAGCCGUCGACCGGCUGCCGACUGUGGAAAAGGUCAUCUACAUUCCGCCGAUGGAGGGCCGUACGACCGACAACUCGUCACUUGACGCCUUCCCUCGUCAAUUCUGGUCUCGUUUGGUGACGUCGAGGCUGCCGGCGCCCAAGCUCCGGCCGAGCCCGAUGCGCCCGAGCCCCACGACGUGGCAGUCGUCAUGUACACCUCUGGCUCGACCGGAAAACCCAAGGGCGUUGAGAUCGAGCAUAAGGCUGUUGUUGGCGCGGUUGCCUCGCUGGCGCCGGCCAUUCCUGGUGCCACCAACGCCGACGUCUACGUCGGCUACCUCCCAUUGGCGCACAUUCUCGAGCUCUGCGCUGAGACUACUAUUCUCUCGCUGGGUGCGUCCAUCGGAUACGGAUCGACGCUUACGCUGUCGGACACGUCGGCCAUGAUUGCCGAGGGCACGAUGGGCGACCUCCGCGCGCUGCGGCCGACGCUCAUGGCAGCUGUUCCGCUCGUCCUCGACCGCAUCCGGGACGGCGUCUCCAAGAAAAUCGCCAAGGCCUCGCUUCCCGUGCGGCUGCUGUACGCCGCGGCGUUGGCGUCGGCCAAGCAAGCUCACUUUAACGGGUGGCCCACGCCGCUGUGCAACGUGCUGGUCUUCAACAAGAUCCGCGCCGCCAUCGGUGGGCGGCUGCGCAUGAUGCUCUCCGGCGGCGCCCCGCUUUCAUCCGAGACACAGACCUGGUUCUCGACCGUCAUUGCGCCGCUCGGCCAGGGCUACGGCGCAACCGAGACCUGCAGCACCGGAACCAUCACUCACCCGGACGACCCGGAGACGAAUGUGGUCGGUGCGCCUAUCAUGUGCUGCGAGUUCAAGCUCGUCGACUGGGAACAGUACACUAACGCCGACGCCAGCGACCCCACCAUUGGACGCCCGCGCGGCGAGAUGUGGAUCCGCGGAAACAGUGUGUCGCGCGGCUACCUCGGCAUGCCCGACAAGACCGCUGAGGACUACCCGGUCGACUCGGCAGGCAUCCGCUGGUACGCCACCGGUGACAUUGGCCAGGUGGAGACCAACGGUGUUCUCCGGAUCAUCGACCGCAAGAAGGACCUCGUCAAGGGCGGCCACGGCGAGUACGUCUCGCUCGGCAAGGUCGAGUCGGCGCUCCGCAACGCAGACGUCGUCGACAACGUCAUGGUCCACCAGAGCCCCGAGCUCAACAACCCGCUCGCCGUCGUCUCGGUCAACGCAGACGCCCUCCGCGCCGCUCUCGGCGCUGGCGCGGACACGUCCGCCAACAAGCUCGUUGACAGCGAGGACGCCCGCUCUGCUGUCCUCUCCGCCCUCAAGAAGACGGCCAAGUCCGCAGGGCUCAAGAAGUUUGAGACGCCGGCCUGGGUCAUCCUCGAGCCGACCGAGUGGACGCCCGAGUCGGACCUCGUCACCGCCGCUCAGAAGCUUAAGCGUGCGAACCUGAUGAAAAAGUACCGGAACGACAUCGAUAAGGUCUACGAGAGCCUGUAACGGCGGCUCAGCUCCUUGCGAGCAUCAACAUCACACACUAACAAAGUCUUCCCAUUGAACUGCAUGUUACGGUCAUCACUCACGGCUCGGCUGAGAGAGGCAGAGCACGGUCGACUUGACAAGGUCUGGGAACAUGACCUCGUCUGAGUAAAGAAGCGGCGGUGCCGA